AAAAAAAAAAAAAACAAAAGGAGAAUUAAAAGAAAAAAAAACGACUGGGUUUAAGACCUAAGCUUUUCUCCAGCAGCGCGGAAUUCCUCCUGCUGUUGCUCGACGUGGGUGUACCAUGAAUUCACUGUGUAGAGCAAUUGCACAAUCGAGAAGGACUGGCAGUUACCCUCUACGAUUCCUGCUGCAAUCAUCUUUCUCAUUUUCUUCUUCUUAUUCUUCUACUACUACUAUUACUAGAGCUACUCCAUCCGAGAUAUCCAUACCGAAAUCACCUUCACUGCCGUCAUCCUCCGAUUGGCCAAAACCCAGGGAGAUCCCAUUUCAGGCCAAAGUUGCCAAUUCCAUUAGUUUGAUUGGAUAUGUAACUGAGCCCGUUGAAUUCCUUACUUCUCCUGAUGGGAACCAUUGGGCUACCACUGUCUUCUCCCAGCAGAGCUCUCCUUCUCGUACUCCUCUCUGGAUUCCAAUAAUAUUUGAAGGUGAUUUGGCUCAUGUGGCUGCUUCCCACAUUAAAAAAAAUGAUCAUAUCUACAUAGCUGGACAACUAAGUACAACUCCUCCUAUUGAUGUAAUUCAGGGUCAAACUCCACUCCUGAUUAUGGUACGUGAUAUCAACUUUGUCCAAGUAUCUUCCGAAAUUACAAAAAGCCAUGGGUGUUGGCAACAAGAAGGUUUUUCACCCAAGCAAAAUGCAGAGCAACAAAAAGAAAAGACCUUAAAGGAUUAUGAUAGUGUGAAGAAAUAUGGUGAUUUUGGAUUUGAUUCCUGGAAAGACCUUCUUGAUAAUCCAAAGCAAUGGUGGGAUUACCGCAAUAGUAAACUUAGUGGAUUGACAAAUCCAAAGCAUCCUGACUUCAAACGCAAGGAUGGUUCUAUGUCUCUCUGGCUUAAUAGGGCACCGGCGUGGAUUUUGUCAGAACUUGAAAAGAUGGAGUUUGAUGUACAAGUUCCUAGGUCAAAACAAGUGAAGAAGCAUAAAGGGGAUGAAUCUUGGAAGAACUUGGUAGAAAACACCAAUAAAUGGUGGGACAACAGAUUAAAUAAGAGAAAUGUGAAAGCUCCUGACUUUAAGCACAAAGAAACUGGCGAAGCACUCUGGCUGAAUGAUGCACCAACUUGGGUGCUCCCAGAGUUGCCACCAAUAAAGAGUGAACAAAAUGUUGCUGCUGGCAGGAGAGAUACACUGCUAUCUUGACCGGUGGACGAAGGGCCUUAUGAAUUUGUAAUGAAGUUGGUUAGGCAUAUCGAUGCUUAGUUUACUGCAGUAUCUUCAUAUUUGCUAUUCUUCAAGAAGAAUAUUGAAGUCAUUAUGAUGAUAUUGCAGAGGAAAAUCUUCCCUCAAAUUGAUUACAUUAAAAUUUCCGUGGCAGUAGAUAUUCACUCAUAUGUUCUUAAUUUUGAAGUUCCUCAAUGUGUUAGUCAUUAUAUUCACCCGCAAA